UGGAGACAGGUUGUGGCUUCGUGGGACACAAAGUUCAAGGUGCCUUCCAGAGCAGAAGGUCCGGUGUUAAACCCAUACCCCGACCAAGUGACGUUUUUAGUAAAUGAGGAGAAAGCGUGUAAGGACCCCCCUUUGGCACUGGCACUGGUGGUCACUGCUCCUUCGAAUGCCAAGAAAAGGCACUUCAUUCGGAAUACGUGGGGUCAUCCUGCCUUGGUCGAGGUCACGGGUAUUCGACCAAUCUUCGUUGUGGGUCUGACGGAGGAUUCUGCGGCACAGGCCAUGCUUUCGCACGAGACGUCCCAACAUCACGACGUCAUCCAGGCCAAUUUCCGUGACUCUUACCAGAACCUUACCUACAAGACGACCGCUCUACUCACGUGGGCGUCGAUUUAUUGCCCCUCCACACCCAUCGUCCUCAAAAUCGAUGAUGAUGUCAUACCCAAUCCCAUAGCCUUGCAGAAAUGGCUUAUCAACUUCCUCGAAUCGAAUCCCCAUCCUAGUGAAAUCCUGGGGAAGGUGAGGUGCUGCGAUCCUGUGCUUCGUGCGGGAAAAUGGGGUGUCUCGAAUGAGCAGUAUCCUGGGAAUUCUUAUCCCCCUUACGUGGCUGGUCCUUCUUAUAUGGUGCCGAUGCCCGUGGUGCAUGCGCUGCUGCACGCUGUUAGGAGAACGGAAUUUUUAUUUUUGGAAGACGUUUACACAACCGGACUCGCCGCCAAGAAAUCAAGAAUCUCUCACUACAACAUAUUCACUCUUACUAACUCUCUGCCCAAUAAAAUUGACGUACUCUGGUGUUCGGGGGCAAGAGUAUUUCAAGAGAACGUGGGUCUAAAAGAAGCAACGAGAGGCUGGAACAAGAUUCGCGAGUUAGAGGGCAUCACUGUGCCUCCAAAAUAUGUAUUCACUCCCUGACAUUCAACUAUUAUUAUUCCCUCUUGUUUUCCCUUCUUUAUCUGAGCUUACGUUAUUAACCCUAUAUUCCAUAUUUUGGAUGUUUUUGUAUUUUUCUUUGGCAUGUCUUUGGAAAUAGUUUGUUUUCGCAAUUUGUUUAGGAUUUGUUCGUUCCAUCCCUGUGACACAUACACACAUUAUUUCACAUUUUAUUUCGUUUAUUUUCUCUUAGUUCAAAUUGGUAUCUCAAGUCACUUCUUGUUUGGUAUACUUUGAUAUAGAAAUGGUAUGGUAUAUGAUAUUCAUGACAUAAAUUGUCUUUUGAACGACUUAUUUAAUUCCAAUACGUAUUGGAUUAUUGUUAUAUUCUAUAUUCCAUUUAUGCUUAUAUCAUAACGCGUAACUCCCAAAUAACAUUUCGUGUAGCCUAAAACAAAAAAGGAGGAGGGGACAAAGAGAAAAAAGGAGAUAUGCAUGUUGUAUAGAAUAAUGUAAAUGUGAAUAUGUAAUAAAAUAUUUGUAUAGACAAGUCUAAA